AUGACAUUGUACAAGCUAACUAAAGGCGCUACUCGUAAGAUAAUUGAGAGCUCCGCAAUUGACAUUAGUAUCAAGAAUAAUUUGGCCAACAGGGAUUACAUUCUUCAUGCUGAUCUGAUUCAGCUUUAUCAACAUAGUCAGGACUCUGAACCACUUUUAGACAUGUUGAAAGGCUCGUAUAUGAUAGACCUAUGUAAAAUAGGAUACCAUAAUAAGAUACUGCAGCGCCUUCCUAAAACAGAUAUGUUCUUAGAAACCAUGAAAGGGUUGCGAGUGAAGCAAUUGGAACAGGAGUAUGCCCUGCUAGUGAGCAAUACCUCAUAUUCAGAUCAUCCAGAACAAUCGAUUAGCGAGAUGCAUAAAGCUAUAAAGCACCAAACGACUACUAUAUUCAAUAUUAUUGUGAGUGUACUCUCUGUAGCAUUCGUUGCUUGGUACUGGUCAGAGCACUCUAAGUACGUAAACAACAAUGUUUUUCGAACAACUUUGACACUACUGUUAGCACUUUUAGUUUUGGUGGCAGAAGUAGUAGUCUAUAAUAGCUAUUUGCAAAAAAUAAACGAAGCAAAGUUCAAGGAAAAGAAGAAAAAAGAAAUCAAAAGAGUGCUCAGAAGCACAGUUAUCAGCUGA